GACGCCGGGCGCCGCCAUGAUGGCGGCGGGCGGCGGAGCCGAGCCCGGCCGGGCCUUGGAGGCGCUGCUGGAGAUGGGAUUCGGUGCCCGGCGCGCGGCGAAGGCGCUGGCGCUGACCGGGAACCGCGGGGUGGAACCGGCCAUGGACUGGCUCGUGGCUCACGAGGACGACCCCGACUCGGACUCGGACGCUGAACUCCCCCCGGGUUUGGGGGCGGUGCUGGGGGGGCCCCGGCAGCCGCCGGAGGAGGACGAGACCCAGAGGCUGCUGACGGAGGCGGGGCAGGAGCGGGAGCGGCGGCGCCGGGGGCAGGAGCUGGCCACAGCUCGGGAGCGGCACCGGGACGAGGAGCGGCGCCGAGCGGCCGAGGAGCGGCGCCGGGACCGGGCCGAGGAGCGCGCGGCGCGGCAGAGAGUGCGGGAGAAGAUCGAGCGGGACAAGGCGGAGCGAGCGCAGAGGGUGAGCGGGAUCCCCGGGGACCUGGGGGAAAAUCCCGAGGGAUCCGGGGAUCCCGGGAGAUCGAGGGGCGGGGCUGGGAUCCGGUUUGGGGUCCCAGCUCCCCCCUUUGGCCCCCAGUUCGCCCCGGUGCCCCCGGAGCCGUCGCCGGUGCCGCCCCGGGAGCCGCCGGCGCCGCGGGAGUACGAGCAGUGCCGGAUCCAGGUGCGGCUGCCGGACGGGCGGGCGCUCACCCAGAGCUUCCAGGCGCGGGAGCCGCUGGCGGCCGUGCGGCUCUUCGUGGAGCUGCACCGGGGCACCGGGAGCGGCCCCGGGAGCGGCCCCGGGAGCCCCCCCGAGCCCUUCAGCCUCCGCACGGCCUUUCCCCGGCGCCUCUUCACCGAGGAGGACAUGGAGAAACCGCUGCAGGAGCUGGGCCUGGUUCCGUCUGCUGUCGUCAUCGUGGCCAAAAAAGAGGGGAGCUGAGGGCGCCAGGACUCACCUCCCCCCCCCCAAAACCCCAAAUAAACUCUCCAAAAAAACCCACCAACAAA